AUGGCUGCAGGUAGAGCUCACUGUACAAGCAACGAACCAGUAGACGUUAAUGGCGAUGGGGACUAUCACGAAAAAGGGAAUCGAGGCAUAAACUAUCUGCUUCGUGUAGUCCUAAGCACGGAAAGCACAAAGGGGCCGCUUAAAAACAGGGUUAUCACAAGUGUCCAUAUCAAGCUCUUAACAAGACUGGAAUUCAUGGAAUUUAAGGUCGUGGGCUUGUCUGAAAAGGGUGAAUUAUCAAUCAGGUCGAGAGCAAGAGGACGACGUCGUGUUGAAGACGAAAGACGAAAUUUGGCGGCGGUGAGGGUUUCUACGGACAGAGGCGAAAAUUCCGAAGACGAAGGUGCAGAGAACGAGGAGACAAAACAGAAGAGAUCUGAAGGUACUGUGACUGGUCCUCUUGUUCUUGCUCGUGUCCGGAGAUGGAGGCGAUUGGCGGCUCAAGCGGCGGGUAGGGUUUGGAAAGGAGAGGUUCGGCGGUGGUGGAGGAGGGCUCGUGAUGGGUGGAAGACAGCUUGUUGGGGUCGUCGGAAUUGUCCAUCGGCGGCGGAGGGCGGAGGUUCGGUGAUUAAUUAA